GAGGCCGAUCCAGAGCUCCAGAUUUACGUCGUUAGCUCUUGACCAUGGUGAAGUCAUAUUUAAAAUUCGAGCAUUCCAAGACUUUCGGUCUCGUCACUUCCUCCUCCUCCAACGCAGUAUGGACUCGAGACGAAGAUAUCUCCGGCACUGAGCGGCGUACGGGCGCUGGGCGGGCGGUUGUCGGCGCCAAUGAAGAGGUUCUCUGCUGGGAUAUCAAGAAAGGGGAAUUAUUAGGCCAAUGGCGAGACGCCGACUGCAAGGCCCAAGUGACUACAAUCACGCAGAGCAAGGCGGACGAGGAUGUCUUCGCGGUUGGAUACGAUGACGGAAGCAUUCGCCUUUGGGAUUCCAGAAUAGGCACGGUGAUUAUUUCUUUCAACGGCCACAAAAGCGCAAUCACACAACUCGCCUUUGAUCAGUCCGGUGUCCGGCUAGCAAGCGGUGCGAAAGACACGGAUAUUAUCGUAUGGGACCUCAUUUCUGAAGUUGGCUUGUACAAAUUACGCGGGCACACGGAUCAGAUCACCUCGCUGAAUUUCCUGUCAUCAAGCGAUGGGGCCAGCGACGGAAUGACAGACCAGACUGCCGUCGGUGGCUUUUUGCUGUCAACCGGCAAGGACGCUCUAAUUAAGAUUUGGGAUCUUUCUUCCAAGCACUGUAUUGAGACACAUGUCGCUCAAAGCAACGGUGAAUGCUGGAGUUUAGGGUUGUCGCCAGACCAAAGUGGUUGUAUAACUGGCGGAAACGACGGCGAAUUAAAAGUUUGGUCUAUUAACCAAGAAACAAUGAUGGAAGUGGCCAAGGAAAAGGAAGGCUACGAGAACAAAAAGAUCUUGACCGAACAGGGUACUCUAUAUCGACAGGGUAAAGAUCGAACCACUGGGAUUAUAUUUCAUCCACGAGCAGAUUACAUCGGUAUCCAUGGGUCAGAAAAAGCUGUCGAGAUUUGGCGGAUUCGUUCGUCAACAGAAGUACAGAAGAGUCUUGCUAGAAAGCGGAAAAGGAGGAAGGAGAAGGAAGCUUCAAACGAAGAAAUCCCAGAAGAAAAGGACAAGAACGAUGACAAUUUACCGCCACCUAUCUCCGAAGUCUUUGUUCCGCAUGUGAUUGUUAGAACAGGUGGCAAGUUGAAGUCUUUUGCUUGGAUGACCACCAAGUCCACUGGUAAUUUACAGAUUCUUACUGCGGCCACAAAUAAUGAACUUGAGACAUAUAGUGUUGUGGCGGCUGGGGAAAAACGGGCCAAAGAUAGUGAGGAAACAGAGUACAGCCGGGUUCUAUCGGUGGAUUUACCUGGCCACCGAACCGACAUACGCUCCCUCGCUCUUAGUUCAGACGAUAGAAUGCUAGCUUCAGCAUCCAACGGCACCCUGAAAAUUUGGAAUGUACGGACAUCAAGUUGUCUCAGGACGCUGGACUGUGGCUACUCGUUAUGCUCCUCUUUCCUACCAGGCGACAAGAUCGUGGUGGUUGGAAAUAAAAAUGGCGACCUAGAAGUGUUUGACAUUGCAUCCUCAACACUACUCGAUACAGUCAAGGCCCAUGAUGGACCCGUGUGGACUCUACAAGUCCAUCCAGACGGCAAAUCCAUGGUGACUGGGAGUGCUGACAAAACGGCGAAAUUCUGGAACUUCCAAGUCGUUCAAGAGGAGAUCCCUGGGACAAAACGUACCACUCCUAAGCUGAAGCUUGUGCAUACUCGAACAUUAAAGGUGUCAGAUGAUAUCCUUAGCGUUCGGUUUUCUCCCGAUUCCCGACUUCUUGCAGUCGCGUUGCUUGAUAACACCGUUAAAGUCUUCUUUGUCGAUACUCUAAAGCUCUUCCUAAACCUCUAUGGUCACAAAUUGCCCGUUCUGAACAUGGACAUAUCCUACGAUAGCAAGCUGAUCGUCACUUGCUCUGCCGAUAAGAACGUUCGACUCUGGGGUUUGGAUUUUGGAGACUGCCAUAGGGCUUUUUUUGCACAUCAAGACAGCAUCAUGUCGGUAGCCUUUGUACCUAACAACAACGAGGGAAAUGGCCACAACUUCUUCAGCGCCAGCAAAGACCGGGUAAUCAAAUACUGGGAUGGCGAUAAAUUCGAGCAGAUUCAAAAACUAGAAGGCCAUUACGGCGAGAUCUGGGCUCUUGUCAUGGGGCAUUCGGGCGAGUUCCUCAUUAGUGCUAGCCAUGACAAGAGCAUCCGCAUAUGGCAGCAGACCGAUGAGCCUUUAUUCCUUGAGGAAGAACGCGAAAAGGAACUCGAAGAACUGUACGAAAACACACUCACCACCUCUCUCGAAGAUGAGGAGAACGAAGACGAGAAACCCGAGGCAGUUGACGCCGGCAAACAAACCGUCAUCACUCUCAUGGCUGGUGAAAGAAUCAUCGAGGCUCUCGACCUUGGCAUGGAAGACCUAGAAACCAUGCGUCAAUGGAGAGCCAUCAAAGCUAAAAACCCCAACGCGGCGCCCCCGCAGAGAAAUGCGAUCUAUAUGGCUCUCGGCAAUGUCUCAGCCGAGCGACAUCUUCUCAAUAUCGUACAGAGCAUCCCCGCUGCUUCCCUGCAAGAUGCGCUUCUCGUCUUGCCGUUUUCGAAACUUGUACCCCUGUUCACUUUCCUUGAGAUCUGGGCGAGUCGACAGUGGGAAGUCCCGUUGACAUGUCGAGUGCUUUUCUUCAUGUUGAAGACUCAUCAUCGCCAGAUUGUCUCGAGUAAGAUGAUGCGGCCGAUGCUGAACCGAAUCCGGUCGACGCUGCGAGAGGUGCUAGCGAAGCAAAAGGAUGAGAUGGGUUUCAAUCUCGCUGCCCUGCACUUUAUAGGGUUGCAGGUGCGUGAACAAGGAAGCAAAAGUUACGUCGACGUGGAUACAUGGGAGGAACAGCAAAUUUCGAAGACUUCAUCGGGUAUUAAGAGAACAUAUGUCAACAUUGCUUAGUUUUGGUUUUGUAAAAGCAUUUCUGGCGCGGUGAGUGUUUGUUUUUUUGGAUGGUUUAUGAAUAAAAGUAUAGAUAUCCUACUAUAAAACUCGUGUACUCUAGUCAUGGCACUACGUGCAAUUACACAAAAUCCAAUGUCUUUAAAACGAAUAUAAAAUCGGUAUCUCCAACGGUACCUCUAUCCAUGCCAUCCAUAACCAUUCCUCCGUUAUUAUCCCAUCAUAUCAAUUCGAAAAAUCGUGAUUGACCCUAUAUUCCCCUGAAGUUAGUA